GGGGCGCGCGGCCGGGCUGGCAGCCGCAGGUGGGGCUGCUCACGGCGACGGACCUAGCCUGGGAGCCCCGGAGCCCCGCGGAGAGUGCCCAGGAUGCCCCGCGGGGACUCCGAGCAGGUGCGCUACUGCGCGCGCCUCUCUUACCUCUGGCUCAAGUUCUCGCUGGUCAUCUACUCCACGGUGUUCUGGCUGAUCGGAGCCUUGGUCCUGUCGGUGGGAAUCUAUGCAGAGGUGGAACGACAGAAAUAUAAGACCCUUGAAAGUGCCUUUCUGGCCCCGGCCAUCAUCCUCAUCCUCCUGGGGGUCAUCAUGUUCAUCGUCUCCUUCAUUGGCGUGCUGGCUUCCCUCCGUGACAACCUGUGCCUUCUCCAAGCGUUUAUGUACAUCCUUGGGAUUUGCCUCAUAAUUGAGCUCAUCGGUGGCGUGGUGGCCUUGAUCUUCCGGAACCAGACCAUCGACUUUCUGAAUGACAACAUUCGAAGAGGAAUCAAGAACUACUAUGACGAUCUGGACUUCAAAAACAUCAUGGACUUUGUUCAGAAGGAGUUCAAGUGCUGUGGCGGGGAAGACUAUCGGGAUUGGAGCAAAAACCAGUACCACGACUGCAGCGCCCCCGGGCCGCUGGCCUGUGGGGUGCCCUACACCUGCUGCAUCAGAAGCACGACGGAAGUGGUCAACACCAUGUGCGGCUACAGAACCAUUGACAAGGAGCGCCUCAGCGUGCAGGAUGUCAUCUAUGUGCGGGGCUGCACCAACGCCGUGCUCAUCUGGUUCAUGGACAACUACACCAUCAUGGCGGGCCUCCUGCUGGGCAUCCUGCUCCCCCAGUUCCUGGGGGUGCUGCUGACAUUCCUGUACAUCACCCGGGUGGAGGACAUCAUCAUGGAGCACUCUGUCACUGAUGGACUCUUGGGGCCCGGCGCCAAGCCCAGCGUGGAGGCGGCAGGCACAGGAUGCUGCAUGUGCUACCCCAAUUAGCGCCCCCGUCUGGACCGUGCCGGGAGCGCGCCGCUCAGACCACAGCACGGGGGCUGGACAGGACUGUGGAUCCUCUCCCCACACUUGACACUGACCAAAACCCUGGCUGUGUUUGCUCCGGUGGCCUGUUCAGGCCUCCCUCGGCCACCGUCCCUCUGGGGAGCGGAGCCCUUCCCCAGCUCUGGGGUCCUGUGCCUGCCCACCCUCCUCAGCGUGGGGAACAAGGGCGCCCCUUCUCCAGGCCCGGGCCGCCGCGGAAGGGGGUGCUCAGCGCUCAGCUCAGGGCCCGUUUCAUUUGUGGCAAUGCCAUGGCCUGUGGUGUUUAUGCCCCUUUGAGGACAAUUUUGUAGUAAUUCGUAAGCGAGGACGGAGGAGACCGUGUGUGCCGUGUGGGGGCGGGGAUGUGGCCCCCAGGGCCCCGGAGUCCCCCAGCCACGCCCCAGAGGCCAGAUUGGGCUCAUUUCACAGCCUCAAGGGACCUUGAGCCUUCCCCAAGGCUGCUGCUUUGCUGACCCCAUUUUCUACGUGAUUUUAUAACAUUCAUUUUGUACACAGUUAACAGGAGUUUCUAACUAAUCAAAGCUGGGUGUUUCCCCACACACCCCACUCUUGCCUUUCCAAGCCAGGUUAUUAAUCAAACA